AUGCCUCGGUCAAAGACCACCAAUUUCCCAAGAGGCAAACCACGUGGAAUCCGCCGAGAUCGGGACUGUCAGACCUGCAAAGCCCGGGGUGUCAAAUGCGAUCUCAACAGACCGCGCUGCCGACCCUGCGCCGAAUCAGGAUACGCAUGCGGAGAUUAUCCACAGCGCGUUGUAUGGGCGGCGAAUCCGACGCCGAAACCUAGCAGGGCUGAGAAUAGAAGUGCCGCUGUUAUUGAGAAGUCGCUUGCGACGGAUCAGCACGAGGUUGUGGAGCAUCUGUUGGCGUUUGGGAGUAGUUUGAAGACUGCGAGGUUGGCGACGAAUGACGAUGUUUGUGUGGAUCAGGGUCUGGGGCUUAUUGAUCAGGUUGAUUACUUUUUGAGGGCGAGGAUUAGUAAGAGGAGGGGAUCGACGACUGAUACUGCUCUGCCGACUUCACCGUCGUCGUUGUCAUCUGGGGAGGGAGCGCAGGAUGAGGAUACUCUUAUGUGGCAUCGACUUGCAGCUCUCAAGAGUCUUAGUGAGGCUUUGAACACUGCUGAUCCAGCGGCCUUUCUGGGUAUAGCCGUCUUUGCGUUCUUCGAAGUCGUCUCAGAUGGAGUUUUUGGCGAAUGGGACUGUCAUCUACGUGGAGCCCGCUCCUUACUAGACUGCCAUUGCAGCAACAGCGAAGAGUUCCAGCAAUUCUCAAGGCGCUUCACAGGUCUAGAAGAGAUCGUCGCCUACUUCGCAUGGUGGGAUACCAUUGGAGCUCUGGUCAGACAAUCCACCAGCAACACCAAGAGCGGCCUCAUCUUUGACGACUGGCAUCGAAGUUCGCUGGGCCAAGACUUUUUCGACAGAGUUGGAUGUCCAGCAGAGACAUUCUGGCUAUUCGUUUCUCUGGUCCAAAGCAAAGAGUCCACCAAUUUAUCAGACAGCCUCACUCGAGCAAUGGCGCAGCUUCUACAGCUCGGGAUGGACAAGACAGAGAAAGGGAAGUGCAGCGAUAUCUACCGCUGCGCCGCCGUCAUAGCCAUCCUCACAACAACACAAAGCCCUUCAAAUAGUGGUGAAGAGGCCUCUGAAACAACACUUGAGUUUGCGGUCGACCGGAUCUGUCACAUCAUUGAAUCCGCUUGCUCAAGAUCCCGAUACUAUCCACAUAUGGCUACGCCUGCCUACCUAGCGGCAAUGAGAGCAACUACUUCAGCGCAAUGUAAGAUAUUGGGGACGUACUGGAGGAAUUGUCAGAUGGGAGAUAUUCCUAGAUAUUCUGGUGUUAACAUACAAUGUGAAGAGAUAUGGAGGAAAAAGGGCUUGAUAUAA